AUGUGCAAAAGUUCCCAGUGCCUCCAUUUUUUGCGUUUCUGUUUCUUUUCUCUCUCUCUCUCUCUCUCUCUCUCUCUCUCUCUCUCUCUCUCUCUCUCUCUCUCUCUCUCACACACACACACACACACACACACACUGACUCCUCUCUAUCUCCGUCUCUCUCCUCCGCCUCUCUCUCUCUCUCUCUCUCUCUCACACACACACACUGACUCACUCUCUAUCUCUCUCUCUCGCUCACUCCACCUCUCUCUCUCUCACACACACACUGACUCCUCUCUCUCCACUCACUCUCUCUCCAUCUCUCGCCUCUCUCUCUCCUCUCUCUCUCUCUCUCUCUCUCCCGCUCCUCCCACACACACACACACUGACUCCUCUCUAUCUCCGUCUCUCGCUCUCCCUCCUCUCUCUCUCUCUCUCUCUCACUCACACACACACACACACUCACUCUCUAUCUCCGUCUCUCGCUCACUCCGCCUCUCUCUCUUACUCUCUCUCUCACACACACACACACACACUGACUCCUCUCUAUCUCCGUCUCUCGCUCCUCCGCCUCUCUCUCUCUCUCUCACACACACACUGACUCUCUCUCUCCGUCUCUCCCACUCCGCCUCUCUCUCUCUCUCUCUCUCACACACACACACUGUCACUCUCUAUCUCCCUCUCUCGCUCCUCCUCUCUCUCUCUCUCUCUCACACACACAGACACACUGACUCACUCUCUAUCCGUCUCUCUCUCUCACUCCGCCUCUCUCUCUCUCUCUCUCACACACACAGACACACUCUCCUCUCUCUCCGUCUCUCGCUCACUCCGCCUCUCUCUCUCUCUCUCUCACACCACACUCACUCUCUCCUCUCUCUCUCGCUCACUCCCUCUCUCUCUCUCUCACACACACACACACUGACUCCUCUCUAUCUCCGUCUCUCUCCUCCGUCUCUCUCUCUCGCUCACUCUAUCUCCGCCUCUCCGCCUCUCUCUCUCUCUCUCACACACACACACACUGACUCACUCUCUAUCUCCGUCUCUCUCCGCCUCUCUCUCUCUCUCUCUCACACACACACACUGACUCACUCUCUCUCACACACACACUCUCUCUCUCUCUCUCCAUCUCUCUCUCUCUCCAAACCUCUCUCUCUCUCUGUUCUUUCACUUUCCUUCUCUUUUUUCUUAUCCUUUCUCUCCACCUUUCUCCGUCUUACUUCUCUCUCUCUCUCUCUCCCUAUCUAUCUAUCUCCUACUUCCCUCCAACUCCUCACUCUUAUACUUAGUCUCUCUAUCCAAUACCGUUUUCGUCUACUCCUUUUCAUCUUUUACUCCCUAUUCUUUUCUCUCCUACUCCUGUCUCUUUCCUACUCCUUCCUCGCCUAUUCCUUUUUCUUCUCACUCCUCUUUCACAAGUACCCUUUUAAAGAAUGCACAUCUAGCUGA